UGAGAGGUUUGUCGGGCGUCUGCGCAGCCGGGGGCUGAGGCGGCAGGCCGGGUGGGAGCGGGCCCGUUGGUGAGGCGGGGGCUGGUGCCUUUCCAGCUGCGAGCUCGGGGUGCUUCAUGUUGGAAAUAUGCUUUGGUAGUUUUCACAAUUUCUACACUUCUCUGGCAUUAAAGGUGGAUAUCAAUUUUUACUUCAGAUGUUUCAUGUACCUUCAGAGAUUGACCACGCUGCAGUGAUACAGGCAUGCUUGUUGUUUCCCGAAGCCUCUGUUGCCGUGGCAUUGGAACGUACCAACUACAAACAAAUUUACUUUCUAGGUCCCUCAAGCUUUCAGCCUCUGAUACAAUGGCCUUUAGACACAAAAACACAAGACGAAUUGAAGGCCUUGAUAGCAAUAUAUGGGUUGAAUUUACAAAGGUGGCAGCAGAUCCCUCAAUCAUUAAUCUUGGUCAAGGCCUUCCUGAUAUAUGCCCUCCCGGCUAUGUUAAAGAAGAGCUGGCAAAAGCAGCAGCAGUUGACAGACUGAACCAGUACACACGAGGCUUUGGGCAUCCAUCACUGGUGAGAACCUUGUCUCAAGUAUAUGAGAGAGUUUGUGGAAGAAAGAUUGACCCUCUGACAGAUAUCCUGGUGACAGUAGGAGCUUAUGGAUCUCUCUUUAGUACAAUACAGGCUUUAAUUGAAGAGGGGGAUGAAGUAAUAAUAAUAGAGCCAUUUUAUGACUGUUAUGAACCAAUGGUAAAGAUGGCGGGUGCAAAGCCUGUUUUUAUUCCAUUGAGACAUAAAAAUGGUGGAAACUCUGCAUCUAGUGCUGAUUGGGUCUUAGAUCCAGCUGAACUUGCAAGUAAAUUUAAUUCCAAAACAAAAGCGAUUAUUCUGAAUACCCCACACAACCCUAUAGGCAAGGUAUUUACCAGAGAAGAGCUCCAGGUAAUAGCUGAUCUCUGUAUUAAACAUGAUACCCUGUGCAUCAGUGACGAGGUGUAUGAAUGGCUGGUGUACAAGGGAAAUAAGCACAUUAAAAUAGCUACAUUGCCAGGUAUGUGGGAAAGAACAGUAACUAUAGGAAGUGCUGGAAAAACGUACAGUGUAACAGGUUGGAAGCUUGGUUGGUCUAUUGGCCCCCAGAAUCUGAUUAAGCAUUUGCAAGUAGUUCAUCAGAAUACACUGUAUGCUUGCCCAACUCCACUACAGGAGGCUUUGGCACAAGCACUUUCGAUAGACUAUAAACGCAUGGAUGACCCAGACUGCUAUUUUUACUCACUGCCUCGAGAGCUGGAAAGCAAGCGUGAUCGAAUGGCUCAGCUACUUCAAGAAGUUGGGCUGAAGCCUGUCAUUCCAGAAGGAGGAUACUUCAUGAUUGUUGAUGUUUCUACAUUAAAUGUGGAUCUCUCUGAUGUAGAUGACAAUCAACCUUAUGAUUAUAAAUUUGUCAAAUGGAUGAUAUCAUCUAAGAAACUCUCAGCAAUCCCUCUUUCAGCGUUCUGUGGGCCUGAGACAAAAAGGCAAUUUGAAAAAUAUAUACGUUUUUGCUUCAUUAAGAAAGACAGCACACUGGAUGCAGCUGAAGUGAUCCUGAAGAACUGGAAGAAGCCGAGAGCUUGAUUUUUUUUUUUUUCCUCUUAAUUAACUCUUUUGUCUGGUAUAAUUAUCUUACACCAGGGCUUUUAUUGCAAACCUAAGAACAAGUUACUUAAUACAGUACAGAAUUAAUAUGACAUUAUAAAUAACUUUGUACUGCCACCUGCUGAGGAGUUAAAACAAUGAUUUACCAAUAAUGUGACUUGGAGGUUAUUUUCAUUCUUUUCAAAAUCAUUUACUUUUUUCCUCUAAAAAAUAAUCUGCGGGAAUCACACGUCUUUGUCUGAAACACAAAGAGUUUUAGAACUGUGAAAUAAAUAAUUGUUGUGGGUAUUUUAAGCUUUUUGGUAUGAGGUGGCGGAAAUUUAAUAUAUGUCUCAGAGAAGAUAACCACAGUGCCUUUCUACAUACCUAUCUACUCUGUCCAUGCACAGAUUGCAUCAGUUUAAGUAAAGUGAUUGAGUUAAAUCAAUAAAGUGUUUAUAUGUAGGCAUGAUCUAAAGGGCUAAGUUGGAUAAUCUGUAUUUAAUUUUCCCACGAUAGUCAUGGGCUGUUCUGAAGGUAUUCAGUGCUCAAUAAAAUUAUAAAAGUGGCAUCUAGAGUAGGUUUGAUUUUAUGUCUACCCUCUUGUUUACUACAUGGAUGAAUCUACAAAGCAAAAUAAAAGGACUUGCUGUAGAGGCUCCUCCA